AUGACCAAGAAGAGAAGAAAUAAUGGUCAUGUCAAAAAGGGCCGCAGCUGCGUGUGGCCUGUUUGCUACACCAGCUGUGCCUGUUGUGUGCCCAAGGACAAGGCCAUUAAGAAAAAGUUUGUUAUUGGGAACGUAGAGGUCACCAUUGUCAGGGACAUCUCUGAAGCAAGUGUGUUCAAGGCCUAUGUGCUUCCCAAGCUGUAUUACUAUGUGAGCUGUGUCAUCCAUAGUAAGGAAGUCAGGAACCAUUCUCAUGAAGCACAGAAGGAAGGAACACCCCCAUCUCGAUUUAGACCUGUGGGUUCUGCCCCAUGA